ACAUACGACGCUAUUAUGGCCGAGCAUGAAGUCACGGGGGGCAAUCAACUCCAAAGUGCCUGGAAUCAGAGAGCCGACUCUUUCCGGAAUCGACUCCCAAGUCUAUUAAAGGCUGUCGGGAGCUGCAGCGAGUUCACACCAGUUUUGGGGCCUUUGACCUCAAACAUGGCUUCAUUGCAGCCCGCCAUCGUCCUGCUCCUGCUUCUGACUCUUGCUUGCGGGCUGAGGCAGGGCAGUGUGAUGAUUGAGACCCUGAAUUCAGAGCAGGCCAUCGACCCAAGCGAAGGCACCUUAGAUGAAGGAGGCGCAGAGCAGCAGGAUGGCUCGGCAGAAGGCCAGAGAUACUUGGUGUUUUGUGGUGAAAAUGCUAUGGCGGUAGUUUUGCCCCCAGGCUCUCUCUCUGAGAUGCAGGUCUUUGAUUCAUCAGGAAUGUAUCCUGUCUUCGGCCUUCCAGAGGCCUGUGACUACUCUCUAACCAGGGAAAACGGGAGGGUUGUUCUUCACAUCCACUUUGCUGGCUGUCCUGUCACUGUUGAGGAGGGCAGCUACACUCUGAGAUUCCUGUAUCGUAACAGCGCUGGGCAGCUUGAGAUCGUCACAGUGUCCUGCAGUAACUCCAGUCACGCGCCCUCUUCAAAAACGCGAUCUUCACGCCAUCCUGUUCUGUCCUACCCUGCUGUCAAGAUAUCCCCUCCCCAAGCAGUGCAGCUGUACUUUCCCUAUGGGGAGCCAGUGUCCGUUCCCCAACCUGAUCCACUGCCACUGGCAACACUGACCGCUUCCCCAUUGGAUCUGCUGUUCUUUCCUGAAUUUGAUCCGCUGUUCCCUGCACCAGGGGUUCCACUGCCGGCUUUCCAAUGGGAACAACCGUCUCCUACACCAACCAGUAUGCAUGUGCCGGCGAUGCCCUCGUCUCUUGGGCGUCGUUCAAAAUGCAAACAACGAGGGGAUCGACUCUCCUCUCCCCAACUGGACCCACUGUCCUCUGCUGAAUUUGGUCCACUGUUCCCUACACCAGGGGAUCGACUCUCCUCCCCCCAAAGGAAGCCACUGUCCCCUACACCAGUGGAGCCACUGUCUCUCCUGAAUUUGGUCCACUGUUUCCUACACCAGCGGAUCGACUUUCCUCUCCGCGAUUGGACCCACUGUCCUCUCCUGAAUUUGGUCAACUGUUCCCUACACCAGGGGAUCGACUCUCCUCUCCCAAAGGAAGCCACUGUCCCUAAACCAGUGGAGCCACUGUCCUCUCCUGAAUUUGGUCCACUGUUUCCUACACCAGGGGAUUGACUCUCCUCUCCCGAUUGGACCCACUGUCCUCUCCUGAAUUUGGUCAACUGUUCCCUA